UGUGAGGGCCAUGUCAUUAUUGAAAUUUCAGUGUGCUCUCCUUGAUUCUUUGUUGUUGUUUUUUAAAAGCAGUUUUGAUGUACUUGUUUUGGCUAUACAGUUCUUUAAGGAUUUGUUUAGACAGUGAGCUUCAGAUAACUAACAGAAACCUUGAUGUGAGCUUUAAACAUAGCUGUUUCAUUUUACGUGCACACUUUUUUUUCAUUCUGUACAGUGUCUCCUCCUUGUGGUAGGAAAUAUCAAUCCUGGGAUAAACAUGGACUUAAUGAUGGACUGGGAAUAUAUUAGUUCUUAUUCUAGUAAGCCACAUAAUGCUGAACUCACAGGCAUCAAAUGGCGUAGGUACAAUUUUGAAGGUCAUGGGGAUUGUGGCCCUAUCAUCUCAGCCCCAGCCCAGGAUGAUCCAAUUCUGCUAAGCUUCAUCCGCUGCCUGCAGGCUAAUUUGCUGUGUGUGUGGCGUCGUGAUGUCAAACCGGAUUGUAAGGAGUUAUGGAUAUUCUGGUGGGGAGAUGAACCAAAUCUAGUAGAUGUGAUACAUCGCGAACUACAUAUGGUGGAGGAAGGACUGUGGGAGAAUGGGCUUUCCUAUGAGUGUAGGACAUUGCUCUUCAAAGCAAUCCACAACCUGCUGGAAAGAUGCCUGAUGGAUAAAAAUUUCAUGAGGAUUGGAAAAUGGUUUAUCAGGCCUUACCAGAAGGAUGAGAAGCCUGUUAACAAAAGCGAACAUUUGUCUUGCGCAUUCACAUUCUUCCUUCAUGGGGAAAGCAAUGUGUGCACAAGUGUGGAGAUUGUCCAACACCAGCCGAUCUAUCUGAUCAAUGAGGAGCAUAUUCGCAUGGCCCUGUCCUCACCUGCACCAUUCCAAGUUCUGUUGAGUCCUUAUGGUUUAAAUGGCACAUUGACGGGGCAAGCAUACAAGAUGUCAGACCCAGCAACCCGUAAAUUGAUUGAGGAAUGGCAGUAUUUCUACCCAAUGGUGCUGAGGAAGAAGGAGGGGCUGAAAGAGGAAGAGGAAUUGGGAUAUGAUGACAAUUUUCCUGUGGCAGUUGAAGUCAUUGUUGGUGGUGUACGAAUGGUGUAUCCUUCAGCUUUUGUUCUCAUCUCCCAGAAUGACAUCCCUGUGUCUCAAAGUGCCUCCAGUGCUGGAGGCCACAUCAUUAUGUGUCAGCAGGGACUUGGAAGCAUGAAAGAUCCCAGUAAUUGUGGGAUGCCACUCACUCCACCCACUUCCCCAGAGCAGGCCAUGAUAGGUGAAAAUGGAGGUACUCAGAACUCUAUCAGCCAUACAGUUUCACAGGAGGGGACAUUCACUCUUCACAGUCCAAAGAAAUCAGGGAAGAUUUCUCCAAAAUUCCACAAUCGUAUGGUCCACAGAGUCUGGAAGGAAUGCAUGCUCAACAGGUCACAGUCCAAGAGGUCACAAAUUACUACUUCAAAUCUGGAGGAAGAAGUCCCAACCAACACUGUUUCUUGGGAUUUCAUGGACCCAGUCGAAAGAGUCAGUUGUUCUUGUUCCAGGCACAAGCUUUUCAAACAGCGCUGUGCUAUAGGUCCCAGCCGUCCCCCAAUGAUAUCACAGCCAGGAUUCAGUGUGGGAUCAUCAUCCUCUUCUUCCUUGCCACCACCUGCCUCUUCUAAGCACAAAACUACAGAAAGACAGGAAAAAGGAGAGAAACUGCAAAAAAGGCCUAUGAUGCCAUUUCACCAUCGGCCCUCUGUCACCGAAGAGCUACGCUUGGAACAGGACACAUCGGGGCAGAAGCUGGGGUUGACAGGGAUGGAACGCUCUUUAGAAGUCUCUAACUCCAGAAAAUAUGAGAAGCAGCUAUCCAUACCCUCUAGAAACCCAAACAAACAAAUUAAUUUGAAUCCCAUGGAUUCACCUCAUUCCCCCACCUCUCCUCUGCCUCCUACACUUAGCCCCCAACCAAGAGGUCAGGAAGCAGAAAAUUUGGAUCCAUCAACAGUUGCUGGGAACCCAGCACUCUAUAGUAAUGGGUUAGAUCUCCAGCCAUUGCCCAGUCUAGAUGAUAGGACAGUUCUUGUUGGACAAAGGUUGUCUCUGAUGGCAGAGGUCAGUGAGACAGCUUUUUAUUAUGGCAUCAUUCAAAACAGCGAGUCAUCAGAUAAGUGGCAGAGCUAUGUUCUUCCAUCAAGUGAUGAUCCAGAGUUCAAACCACCAGAGCUUCUAUGUGAGAGAUAUGAUACCAAGGUGGAGGUAAACUCAGACAACACUGCACUGAAAAGGCUCUUAGCACAACCCAACAAGCGGUUUAAAAUUUUGGAAGAUAACAAAUCAGUACAGACAUUGAACUAUCUUGACCCCUUGCCUCUAAUACAGCAGUCUGGAGAAGGCUUGGGAGAUGUUAGUGAUCCUUACACUUUUGAAGAUGGUGACAUAAAAUACAGCUUCACUGGCAAUAAAAAAUGCAAACUGGGGACCGAGAAAGAGCCUCUGAAAAAGAAUAAGUCAGAAGAUGGAUUAGGUACAAAGGAGAUCCCCACAGCAAGUCAUUCCACACCAGUGCCUGAUGGGAAAGAUGCCAUGUCUAUUUUCAGUUCUGCUCCAAAAGCUGAUACUCAGCAGGAUUGUGCUGCAGGCCGACUUGGCUCUAGCAGCCUCACACAGGUGACAGAUCUGGCUCCAUCACUUCAUGAUUUAGAUAAUAUCUUCGAUAAUUCUGAUGAAGAUGAACUUGGCGUUGUAUCAGCAGCACUUCGGUCAUCAAAAAUGCUUGCAGUGGGAGCUGAAGAGCGCCCUCUAGGGAAGGAUGGAAGAACAGCAGUAACUUAUCCACCAACUGUGGCAGAUUUGCAAAGGAUGUUCCCAACACCCCCUUCCUUGGAGCACCACCCUGCCUUUUCCCCAGUGAUGAACUAUAAAGAUGGAAUAAGUUCAGAGACUGUGACAGCAUUGGGGAUGAUGGAAAGUCCUAUGGUCAGCAUGGUUCCCACACAGCUCACAGAAUUUAAAAUGGAGAUUGAAGAUGGAUUAGGGAGCCCUAAACCUGAAGAAAUCAAGGAUUUUUCAUAUGUUUACAAAGUUCCAUCAUUUCAAUCUUUUGUGGGCUCCUCUAUGUUUGCUCCAUUGAAGAUACUGCCAAGCCAGUGCCUACUACCUCUGAAGAUACCAGAUGCCUGCAUGUUCAGGCCUUCUUGGGCAAUUCCUCCUAAAAUUGAACAACUCCCCAUGCCACCUGCAGCCACUUUCAUCAGAGAUGGCUACAACAAUGUGCCUAGUGUUGGGAGCCUGGCAGAUCAAGACUAUCUUCAGAUGAACACUCCCCAAAUGAAUACACCAGUGACAUUAAACAGUGCUGCCCCAGCCAGCAACAGUGGAGCGGGAGUACUGCCAUCCCCAGCAACUCCCCGCUUCUCCGUCCCUACGCCACGCACACCCAGAACCCCAAGGACUCCUAGAGGUGGGGGCACUGCCAGGGGGCAGGGAUCUGUAAAAUAUGACAGCACAGAUCAAGGUUCACCAGCUUCUACCCCUUCUACAACACGACCACUUAAUUCUGUGGAGCCAGCAACAGUCCAGCCAAUUCCAGAAGCCCACAGCCUUUAUGUCACCCUGAUUCUUUCAGAUUCUGUGCUGAACAUCUUUAAAGAUCGCAACUUUGAUAGCUGUUGUAUAUGCGCAUGUAACAUGAAUAUUAAAGGUGCAGAUGUAGGGCUGUACAUCCCAGAUUCAUCUAAUGAGGACCAGUACCGAUGCACAUGUGGAUUUAGUGCGAUUAUGAACCGCAGACUAGGUUACAACUCUGGGCUUUUCAUUGAGGAUGAAUUGGAUAUUUUUGGCAAGACCUCAGACACUGGCCAGGCUGCAGAGAGGAGACUGAUGAUGUGUCAGACCACUUUAAUUCCUCAGAUGGGAGAAGGAGCCAGGAGAGGGCAGGAACCCCCAGCCAGCCUCCUUCUCCUUCUUCAGAAUCAGCACGCACAGCCUUUCACCUCUCUGAGCUGUUUGGACUAUAUGUCCUCCAAUAACCGGCUGACACUUCCCUAUAUGAACUGGAGUUAUGACAGAGUGCAAGCGGAUACUAAUGAUUCCUGGAUAGAGUGCUUCAAUGCCCUGGAGCAAGGAAGGCAAUAUGUGGAUAACCCCAGUGGUGGAAAAGUGGAUGAAGCCCUAGUAAGAAGUGCUACUGUACACUCUUGGCCUCACAGCAAUGUACUCGACAUCAGUAUGCUGUCCUCCCAGGAUGUGGUGCGCAUGCUCCUCUCCCUACAGCCCUUCCUCCAAGAUGCCAUCCAGAAGAAGCGGACAGGGAGGACCUGGGAGAACAUUCAGCAUGUCCAGGGACCCCUCACCUGGCAGCAGUUCCAUAAGAUGGCAGGCCGGGGAACAUAUGGUUCUGAGGAGUCUCCUGAGCCUCUUCCAAUCCCCACUUUACUGGUGGGUUAUGACAAGGACUUCCUGACAAUCUCUCCAUUCACCUUGCCAUUCUGGGAGAGGCUGUUGCUAGACCCAUAUGGGGGUCAUCGGGAUGUCGCUUACAUUGUGCUGUGUCCAGAAAAUGAGGCCUUGCUUGACGGAGCCAAAACUUUCUUCAGGGACUUGAGUGCUGUAUAUGAGAUGUGUAGGCUUGGUCAACACAAACCAAUCUGCAAAGUGUUAUGUGAUGGAAUCAUGCGGGUGGGUAAGACCAUGGCGCAGAAGCUGACAGAUGAGCUAGUGAGUGAAUGGUUUACCCAGCCUUGGAGCAGUGAGGAGUGUGACAAUCAUUCCAGACUCAAACUUUAUGCGCAAGUUUGCCGGCAUCACCUAGCACCCUAUGUUUAUACACUCUUGCUUGACAGCAGCCUGUUGAUACCACCUAAAUACCACACCUCAGCACCAGCAAGCCAGGGGCAAGCAAUGCCUGGGAGCACUGGACCUAUACCCCCAAAUUCAACUUAUCUAUCAGGUCCUGGGGCCCCACCAACAGGCAGUUCCUUUAAUUCCACGCCCAACAGUGGGACCACUCACCUUGCAGCAGGAAGUAGUUCAGCAUCUGGAUCCUCUGUGCCACAGUUGUCAUUGACUUCCUCAACACCCAGCAUUAACCAGAUGAACACUACCUCCUCUUCAGGGUUUAGUGGAAUUGUGGGUUUAGGGCAGAACACCAGCACUGGCGGAAAUUCUGCAGACAGGCCCCUGGGGAGCACAGGUUCUGGAGGAGACACAGAAACUGGACAGAAUUCAUCACAGCAGCAAGAAGAGCAGGAAAUUGUUACAGAGAGGGAGAGAAUAGGGAUUCCCACUGAUCCAGAAUCUGCAGACAGCCAUGCCUAUCCUCCGGCAGUUGUUAUCUAUAUGGUGGAUCCUUUUACCUACACAGCAGAUGAGGAAUCUGCCUCAGCUAACUACUGGUUGCUAAGUUUGAUGCGAUGCUACACAGAAAUGUUGGAUAACUUGCCCGACAAUAUGAGGAAUUCUUUCAUUCUUCAGAUUGUGCCUUGCCAGUACAUGCUCCAGACAAUGAAGGAUGAACAGAUAUUUUACAUUCAGCACUUGAAGUCUUUGGCAUUUUCAGUUUACUGCCAGUGUAGGCGACCGUUGCCCACACAGAUCCACAUUAAGUCUCUCACUGGCUUUGGACCAGCUUCCAGCAUUGAAAUGACCCUCAAGAACCCUGAGCGUCCCAAUCCAAUUCAGCUCUACUCUCCUCCUUUCAUACUGGCACCCAUCAAAGACAAACAAACAGAACUGGGGGAGACAUUUGGAGAGGCCAAUCAGAAAUAUAAUGUGCUCUUCGUUGGAUAUUGUUUAUCUCAUGAUCAGCGCUGGCUCCUGGCAUCCUGCACUGACCUCCAUGGCGAGCUGUUGGAAACCUGCAUUGUAAAUAUUGAUUUGCCAAACAGAUCAAGAAGGAGCAAAGUGUCUGCACGUAAAAUUGGUCUGCAGAAGCUAUGGGAGUGGUGUGUUGGGAUUGUACAGAUGACAUCACUGUCCUGGAGAGUUGUAAUUGGACGCCUUGGAAGACUGGGCCAUGGAGAGUUAAAAGGUAUGGAAAGCUAAGGAUGCUAAUGUGCUGAGGAGUAGAACUACAAGACAGAUUACUGUUCAGGAAGGAUGGUUUAGUAUAUUAAACAGGAUCCUCAAACCAGGCACUAUGGCUGGGGGUAUAAUUCCACUUAAUGUUAAAAUGCAGGUAAUUGUUUAAAUGUGUAACCACUGAAAAACUCAGUGGUUACAUGAUUAUGUGCACCUGCAGCUGGUUUCCCAAGGCAGCAGCAAGUGACGAUAGGCAGCUCCCUGGGAGCUGGUGCACAUGGGAAGCCAGCUUUUAAGACAGCUCCUCACAUAUACCAGC